UUCCCUCACAUCGACCCUCCCGGUCCCGUCAAGACUUGCCUGGAGCAAUCGCACGCUGUGUCUUUGGCGCACGUGCUGUGUGUCACCUAUAACGGUCGAGCUUCCCCGGACUGGCCAGACCCGGGGCAAGCAGGUCAGGUCAAGCAAACAGCAACCGGACAAAUAAGCAGCGCCCGAGCCCGCGCCAGCAAGCAAGCAAUCAAUCGAAGCACCGGGAAUCUUCAGCAAGCAGCUACCCCUACAGCUACAGCUACUAGUAACUGCUGCGCCCUCCCUUUGACUUUCGCCCCCCUGCUCGUGCUCUCUUCUCCCCCCGACAAUACAUACCUACGGUACAGUACUUCAGCUGCCCGUCGUCGUGUCGCCCGAGCCCGUCUUCGCAGCUCCAGCUUACAGCUCGGCGUGCUGUGCUGUGUCUCGCUGUGCGAUAAGACAUACCCCUCCAUAUCUCGCAUCCUCGUCCAAUCGAUAAUCCCAAGCGUUCGUUGCGGUGCUGCGAUUCGAUCACCAAGGCGAUACGUCAUGACAUACAUUCUAUGUCUUGCUCACUACUGCGACCUCCAUGGCCCGACCCCUCUGAUGGUCACUGAGGGCCUACCGGCGCCAUGUACCAUCUGCUGCGAGGAUGGCAUAGACACUGCCGAUGCCCGACCCCGAUCCAGCGCACAUGCGACUGGACCCACGUCCCAUUCCUCGGCCGCCCUCAACGACGCCUUGAGGAACCUCAACCUCUCCCGGAGCGCAUCGGCACCGGCCUCUGAACAUGAUGCCCAGGCGCAGAGAGCCGCGCUGCUGCGAACCUCCAGCUCGGGCGCUGCCGCAACUCCGUCCGCCAUCGAUACUCCUCCCGAUAGCCCGCGGCCGGUUCCGCCCCAACACCCCCGACGCGAUUCGAGUUUCCGAAGAACCUAUGACGAGACGGUUACGAAGAAGCAAGGUCCUUGCGAAAACUGCGCCAUGACCCUGCCCAAGCAACAAGGGGGAUCAAACAACAUCCAUUUCGCCAACAACGCUCGCGGACCGACCCUGCGCACACGCGCUCCAGCGGAACGGGUUUUUGGUGCUAGCGGCCAGGCGUCGCCUCCCAAUUCCCAGCCGUCUAGUGAUACCGAUGGCGAGCGGGAUGAGGGUCCCCGGGCGCGGACGAGGACGACUCCCUCUGUCAGUUCGCGGAACACCUCUCGCUCCAGCGGUAGCGCCGGUACGGGCAAUUCGUCGGCAGCGGACCGAACUCCUUUCCACGUCCACUAUGUCGACUAUACCUCGACACACGAUCCGGUCCUACCCGACUCCUUCUCCCUCAUCCGCGCUUCAUGUCUGCGUACUCUGUCGUUUGAAACGUUACCCCGGGCUCCUGCUACGGCCACACCCGUGUCACCCCUAUCGGCGACUUCUCCGGCGUUUGUCACGACGCAGAGCGCCGGCUCGGCUGUCACGGGCGGCCCCAUCUUUUUCGGUGAUGCCCUGGCCGGGUACACGACGGCUUAUAUCUUCCGGAUUCCCGAUGUCCACGCGCGCGGCCACAAGCGCGUCUACGCCUUUCUGGCCCUGAGCACUCAUAGGGAAAGACUUGCCAUGAAGACAUUUGCUGUGGUUUCGACGGCGUUCCGCGAUCUGGCUACAUGGAUCCAGCAGCUCGCUGAAGCUGAGGCCGAACGGGCGGCCGAAUCCUCGCCAAUCGGCAGCAACAUGUACGGGGGUGGCUAUGCACCUCAGCAAUCGGCUGUCGAGUCGGCUGGUGGCCCUGAUCGCGGCGGAAGCAGCUUUCUGACAGGCGGCAGCGGGUUCACCCGAAGGAUGGGAGGUGGCCCUGGUGCCUCGGCCCCCAAAGCCCGUGGCCUGGCGGAGAUUGUCGGACGCCCCGACAUCUUCUUUGACUUGCACAGCCGCUUUGUUCACCUCCUAUUUGAAGUUGGUGUUACUCUGAGCUCGUAA